AUGGCGAUGGUGGAGGAUUUCCUACGACAUAAGGCUAUAGAGUUCACAAGUAGAGCCACUCCGGAUGAAGCUGAUGCCUGGCUUCGCAAGUGCGAAAAGAUUUUUGGAGUGAUGAAUUGUGCGGAUGAACAUAAGCUGGCCUUUGUUGUGUACCUAUUGAACAAUGAUGUUGAAUAUUGGUGGGCAGGCACACAACAGCAGAUGCAGACUAGGGAUGAGCUAGUGAAUUGGGCCAACUUCAGGACUCGUUUCCUGGAGAAAUACUUCCUAGAUACAGCUAAGCAGGAUAGGGAGGCUGAGUUCUUGGCCUUGCAACAGGGAGUUAUGUAUGUGCAAGAGUUUGUUAACAAAUUCGAGCAUCUGGCAAGGUACUAUUCUCAAGCGAUCACUGAAGAGUGGAGGUGCCUUAAGUUUAAGCAGGGACUCAAGCAUGAACUGAAGAAGGUUAUCACACCUUUGAGAGAAAGAAGAUUUCCAGUCUUGGUGGAACAAGCCAAGAGUGCAAAGUCUCUAGAAAGAGGACCAAAUCCAGUAAGUCGACAUCACAAGAAUGUCGCAGAGGCUAUGCAGAUGAAGAAGCCUUACAACCGACCACAAACAUCUCUGGGUCCCACUUGCUACCAGUGUGACGAACCCCAUCUAAAGAGAAAUUGUCGUCAGCUAACAGGUGGUGUAGGAGGGUCAGGUGACCAUCGCAAGUGUUUCAUAUGCGACAAAUUGGGCCACUUCGCCAAUAAUUAUCCAAAAAAGAAGAGUCUGGACAUGAAGAAACCAACAACAUCACCAAUAGAAAGAGCUAGAGCGGCUGGUAGGGUUUUUUCCAUGACUUCCAUAGAGGCUACUCAAGCAGGUAAUCGUACUCUCGAGCCUUGUCUAUUACUUGGUCAAUCAGUAUUAGUGUUGUUUGACUCUAGAGCAACACAUUCUUUCAUCUCUAAUGCAUGUGUGGGGAGAUUAAAACUGGAGAAACGUGAUUUGGGGUGUGAGUUGCUUGUUUUGACUCCUUCCUUGGGUCAGGUAGCUACCAGUUCAGCCUGCGUCGGGUGUUCAAUGGUAGUGGCAGUUCACAGAUUCAAGGUGAACUUGCCCUUGGAAGGUCUAGAUGUGAUAUUGGGGAUGGACUGGUUGUCUAACAAUCACAUCAUAAUUGAUUGUGGACGGCGCAGUUUGGUGUUCCCAAAACAUGAAGGGCUGGAGUUGAUCUUAACUCGAGAUGCUGUGAAAGCAUUGCAAGAAGGGGCCACUUGUUUUAUGGUGAUGGCUAAACCAGAAAAGAAAAGCACAACGGUGUUGGUGCAAAAUAUUCCAAUUGUUAGUGAGUACGCAGAUGUGAUUUCGGAAGAAGUACCAGGAUUGCCACCGAGUCGAGACAUUGACUUCACCAUUGACAUAAUUCCUGGUGCGGGUCUAGUGUCCAUGACUCCAUACUGA